CCAAUGGUCUCGAGUGGACCGUCGAGACAGAAGAAGGGCGCGUCAUUGUUUUGGUCGGCUGGUUUUGCAGAAGACUGAAUGAAGAGAAAACUUACAUUUUGAACAGGGCUUUACAUCUGAUUUUAUAGUUUGAAUAACCAGAUCAGUCACCAUGACAACCAAGCGCGGACUGAUAACUGAUUCAUUCAAGGUGGUGAAGAAAGCAAGGAGGGUGAAACGAGAGAAGAGGCCUUCCUCUCCUCCUCCGCCACAGCACGAGGUUGAAACUGAAACGGUCCGAGAGGAGGAGCUGCAGAGGCUCAGACAGUUUGACCUGGACUGGAAAUUCGGGCCCUGCACAGGGAUCAGCAGGCUGCAGAGAUGGGAGAGAGCAGAGCUUUAUGGUCUGAGCCCACCUAAGGAGAUCAGAGACCUGCUGCUGCAAACACACACUGACCCCGCGUACAACCUGAGCCUGUGGAGCGAAUAUCCUUUGUGAGAGAGACAUUGUGAGAAAGAGAAAAGAAUGCAGAUGCCAACAAAAGUCAAAUUUAUAUCACCUCAAAUCACACAUAUGUCUCUGAGGUAUUUACCUUCUCGCCUUAAGUCCCGAAAAACUCAAAGUAAAAGAUUUUAGCAGGGGAAAGAUAUUUCAACCUGGACCUUAUUUUUCGAUGUUUUUGUGUUAAGUGACUGAUGGGAACAACAAUCUUCACUGCAGUCGGCGGUAGUGAAACAAGCUGCAUUGUAACACGCUUCAAUUUACGUUCACUAAAAGUGCUUGUUUUGCCACUUACAUGCUCAGAUUAUUGUUCUGUGUCUGACAACACUAUGGAAAGGAUCCCCUAGGAGGUCAACCUUUUAGUUAAAGGGUAAGAUCCUUUUUGUUUAACAUGAAACAGUCCCUAAAGGGCCUUAUUCCAUUAAAAUUAACAGUAAUUGUAUCAUUGUAAAACACAAUGAAUUCAAAGUUGACAAAAACAAAAUGAAAACAAUCAAACAAUCAAAAGCUGUCUUAGGCUAUUUUUCUUGGUCUGGUUUGGUUGAAAUAAACCUUUAAUUCACCCAUUUACAUGUGAAAAUUUGCUGGCUACAUACAUUCUAAAAGUAUUGUUUAUUUAACUGAAGUCUGGUGAGUUUUGGGAUGGUGCUUUAUGGGCUGUUUCUGGUUAAACAAAAAGGAUUUCACUCUUCCAGGUUUGAGGAUCUAGGUUGAAAAAUACUGAAAUUACCCUUUAAAUGGUACACACAGUUUGUAUUAAAAUAUUUAAUAAAAAUAAUUUGACUGAAAUACUGGCUUCUUCUGUAUUGUUGUAUAAUGGAGGGGAUGUUACCUCACUGUUGACACUGUAGAAAUGAAAUUGUGAAGGAGACAUAAAUGAUAAUGAGUUCUACAUUCACAUAAUUUGCACACUGACAUUUGUCUGUCUUUUUAUAACUGACCUAACAACACAGUCUCUCUGUUUUACUCAUAUCUCCACAAGAUACACGAGGUAGAGAGUGAGUGUGUGAAUGUGUUUUACAAUGCUACCUAGAGAUGGAAACAUUGGAAAGAGAAACACAUGUCUACAACUUCCCGUACUAUGUUGGUCUCUCUUCAUAAACUGUAUCUAAUCUAUUGAGAAUGCAAUU